AUGUUGCACCGACUAUAUACACUCUUUAUUCUGUCUUUGCUUGCUUGCCAUUUGGCAGCUAGUCCACUGGCAACUGCUAUUCCCGCUGUCCAUCAGGCACGGACUCUCCAUAACUUUUGGCCUCCUAUCUACUUCUGGCCAUUCCGCAAUGGAUGGCCUAUCUUUUUCCCUAAACCAAACCCUCCAAAGCCGACCCCCACGCCAACCAAACCCAACCCUACACCGACAACCAAGCCCGCUCCUACCUAUGGACCAUCCGUUCCUACAUACGGACCAUCCGUCCCGCCCACGCCAACAAAUGCCCCUUCAACUGCUCCAACAGUCGCUCCAACUAACCCCCCAAGCACGCCGCCAAACACUCCUACCAAUGCUCCCACUAGUAUCCCAGUGCCCUCCUCAAGUGCACCGCCGUCAAACCCACCAGCUUCUUCCUCGCCUUCGUCUACGCCUCCACCCUCCCAGACCGUCGUGCCGACAAGCUCCUCCGUGCCAUCGCCAACGAACGCCCCUGGUAGCGUGAUCCCCGUUGGCCAAGUCAUUGAGGCUUGCACGGUUCCCGGCACGGUUGCCUUGACGUUCGACGACGGCCCAUUCCAGUUUACCAACCAGCUUUUGGAUAUCUUUGCUCGGAACAAUGCCAAGCUGACGCUCUUUGUCAAUGGCCAGAAUUUCGGCAGCAUCACUGACUUUAGCCCUGUUAUUCAGCGAGCUGUCAACGAAGGCCACCAAGUUGGAUCCCACACCUUUGGCCAUGCCCGUCUGUCUGAUCUCAACCGCGAUCAAAUUACUACUGAAAUGACGCGCCUCGAUGACGUGGUUGCCCAGAUCCUCUCUGGCAACCGCCCCACGUAUAUGAGAGCUCCAUUCUUCGCGUACAGCGAUGUCAUGCUUCAGACCAUGAAGGACCUCAAAUACCACGUCAUCGAUGCCAAUGUCGACACCAAGGAUUUCGAGCACAACACCCCCGAAGGUGUCCCAGAGAGCAUGCGUCUCUUCAAGGCCGAGCUUGACGCUGGUGGCUCCAUCUCGCUGAGCCACGAUGUCCACCAGACCACGGUUCAAUUGCUUGCGCAGCAGAUGCUGGAUGAGGUCAAGGCGCGGGGUUUGAGACCGGUGACCGUUGGAGAGUGUCUCGGUGAUCCAAAGGAAAACUGGUACCGCAAAGCGUAA